GGGUUUUUCAAUAAGGACGCACCAAUUUCGCAUGUAUUUACAUGCGAAAUUGGUGCGUCCUUAUUGAAAAACCGUAUAUAAUUGAUGUAUAUAUCAAUAAUUCAUUCAGUGUAUGUGAAAAAUAACAGAGUAAAUCAGUCUUUCAGAAAUUAUUGCAGGAACUUUAAUAAUUCUUUUAGAGAAUGCGUAAAAUCGAACGUCAUUGAUGUGAACAAAAUUAUUCCAAAGAUCCAUCGGAGAUCAGUGUCAUCUAGCAUUGUAUUUGACCCUCUUUAUUAUUUGAACGCGGUAGAUAAAUAUCAGCCUAUCAUGUGUGUUGCAUGAAACUAAUUCGAAAAUCUAGUUUAUCAUCAUUAUAAUUUAUGUGACAAUUAAAGAUAACAUAUUUACUAAGUAAGAAUGAUUCAUUGAUAAAAAGAAUGAAUUUAUAUAAAUAAAAAGAUGCAAAAUCUGUGUGUUGGAUCAUUUUAUACGAGUUGUUAGCAUAUUUUCCGUACAAUGAUGAAUCAGAUGUAUCUUUUCGGAAACUAUAUUUAGAUGUUCAUGAUAAUCAGGAUUGAAAGACAUACCUGAGCGUGUUACAUAUUAUUUCUUAAAAAUAUUCUCAUCUACGGUAAUGUUCAAUGCUUUAAUUAUCUUACUACAUUCAUUUAUUCGUUUUCAGAAAAAUAAAUAACUGACUUUCAUAAACUGAUUAACUAGUGUAACUUAGUUUUGUUUUUAAAUUUAUAAGCUUUUAUUAAAAAUUAUAUGAUUAUUUAUUACGAUACGUAACAUAUGUUGAAUAGCAUAACUAGUUGCGCAAUAUUGGUUUGUUAGCAUUCAAAUUCAAUUAAUAUUUAUUUUAACCAGGAUAUUUUACUUUAUUGGUGAGUUAUAAAUAAAGCUCUGAAUUUCAAAAGAUUUAUGAAACAGGUGAGGAGAUGAUGAUAUCGUGCUAUUAUUAUCAACAGAAUACGUAACCUUUUUAUUCUGCACUUUUUUGAAGUAAGAUAUAAUCUGAGAAUAUAAAAAUUUGUAAAGAUGCAAGGCUUAGAACUGAAGUAAAAAUGAUUUUUAUCAUGAUUAAGGUUAAUUAAUCAAAAUAUAGAAUCUAAAACCGCACAGAUUAUGAUAAUUUAUAUUACUUACACUUUUUUGUAAUGUUGUGUUUCAAUUAAUCUUGGAUGUAUCAUUCAAUCUUAUUAAAGCGUAAACGCGAUUGUGAGAAGAGAAAUAUUUUUGUUAUAGCUAAACUAUAUUUAAUACAUGUGUACGCAUCAUCUGUUGGAAAAGAUUCUUAUUGUAUAAUGUGAGCACUCAUGAAAAAUGGAAAACGAAUAAUAUUAAACUAGUGAAAUAAUGAUAUGCAUAUGGUAGGUAAUCAUUUUCUUGUUGAAAUACUCACAUGUUCAGCAUCUAAUUCUAAGCGUGAUAAUGUGCGGAUAAAGGAGCAAUUUCAAAUUAUCAGAUGUUUAAUAUCUUGUUUACCGAAUACAUACAUAUAACGUACAUAAUGCAUAUACUGUCUAUAAAACUGUAAACGUUUUUUGAGAUAACGAUCUAGAGAAUAUCUAUAACUAUUUACAGUGAUAAUUAGUAUAAAUCAAAUUUGUUGACCGUAUUAUAGGUAUUAUAGGAUAAUAUUAACGAACAUUAAUUAUUCGUAUAUCUUAGUACAGCAAAUUCUUCGAAAACGCACACUACAUAUUGUUUUUCGAAUAAAAUAUAGAAUAUUCCACUAACUAUAAUGUGGAAAUCAAAAUAUACUGAGAUUUGCCGUUCCGUCCAUAAUAUGUCGGUUGUGAGUGAUACUCCAUAUUGACCGAUGGAAGUCACUUAUUUAGUUCAAAAUAAACGAAGUAUCACAUUGUUUACUUUUAUUAAAACACUUGAACAAGAUAUAUACAUAUUGAGAGUGGAUGCUCGGUAUUCCUAUCAAAGCAAACGAGGAAGUCGAACUAGCUUGCUUUAUGAUAAUGUAAUUUUAUCAUAUUCUUGCAUACAUAAAAGCGAUAUAUAACAAAUUAAUAUCUUAUUCAUAUAUCUUUUAACAGAUGACAUAGUAUAAAUUAAAUUUGUACCAAAGCUUACCGUUAUGAUUUUUUGUUUUUUUUUCAUUCAUAAAUUUCAGAUAAAUAGUGAAAUGGACGUUGAAAUAUCUUCGAUAAAUAACGAAAAUGAAAUUGAAAAUGUUCAAAGCUGUUGUCUUUGGGACACACACAAAUCGUGUAGUCUUCAUCCAGAUCAAAGUAAAUAUCUUUCUUCAAUACUUCAGAAAAAUAGUUCAUCCUAUUUUUCAGAAUUAGACAAAUGGUCCAGUUCAUAUGUAUUGAUUGCUGAUUUAACUGAUGAUAUGACUGAUUAUCUUCGACAUUUAAAUGUAAUACCACGCAAUCAAGUUAUGACUAAUCCUAUUCUGGAACGUGAUUUAAUUUUAAAUCGUCUGUAUCAACAUGUGGAUGUCAAUAACGUUGAUCUCGCAAUUUGUGCUUUACAUCGAUAUACGUUUGGAGUUGGUUGGCGUAUCAAUCAACGUUGUCAUCAUUCUGAUCAUAAUGUUACUUUUCAGGAAUCUAAUCUAGCUCAACAACGAAGAAAAAAAUCAAAGGGCAAGUUGCGUGUUGCACCAUUUUAUAUCGUUGAAAAGAUUCUUGGUUUCCCUUAUGGUGGUAAAAUUUGUGAUACGCAUCGGAAACAAAUGUAUAAAGAUCUUUCUUUGGGUGAUAAUUUCGAUAUAAACUAUAUCACCGAUGAUGAAAAUAGUGAUAAUAGUGAUAUGGAUUCUAUUUCAACUUUUCAAUCAUUUGCAGUUGGUGAUGAAGGUACACGUGAUAAAACUCAUGAUAUAUUAGUUGCACUUGGUCAAUCACCGAUUAAGAGUCAAUCACGAGCAUCAUUGGAAGAACAGACACCUGGAGCAGUUCGACGCCAGGUAGCAAAACUGCGUCAGAGUGUUUCAGCAGCUACAACAAUAGUUGCAUCGGCUAUUGCUCCGGGACAAGCCGAUCGUUUAAUUGAUCUUGCUGGUCUUGGUGGAGUAGUUGCACCACGAUCAUCAAUGAAUCAAAGUAAUACAACAACAGAUGAGGAUUUUCUCACCCAUUUGAUUGAAAUGUACAAAGCAUAUGAAGAAAAGCACUAUCCAUAUGACGAGAAAGUACGCUUAUUAGCUUUAAUUCCAAAAACUUGGAAUCUGUCAUCUGAUGAAAUUGCACGUCGUUUUGGAUGUACUCUGCAUGCUGUUAAAGAAUCUAGACGUUUAAAAGUCGCUACUACUACACCUUUACACGUAGAGGAACGACCUUCUAUCGUUCGACAACGUUUUGAACCUAAUCAAAUUGAUCAUUUUCUUACUUGGUUGAUUAACACCAAUAUGCUAGUAUCUGUUGCAUGGGGCAGCACUCGUCUCAAGUUAGAGAACGGAAGUACAUUAACUAUACCUCGUCAAAUACUUCAAGCCAAACGAAUUCAUGCCGUACACCAGUAUAAAAUACAUUGUUCUGAAGUUAACUUUCAACCUUUGUCUGAUCAAUGUUUGAAUGUUGGACAGCUCUUUGACGACAUCGAAAAACUUAUUCAACAGGAACCAGACGAAGAAAAUCGUAAUGAAUUAAAGUAUGAUUUCGAUUUGGCAGUUGAACAUAUUUACGAAAUGUUUCGUCAUCGUACUCGCACAGUUCAGCAAGACACAGUGAAAUCAAAAACACUUUCAUCAAUGUCUAAUACUACUGCUUUUCAUACUAUUGACUGGGCACAAAAGAUUUUACCGCAAUGCUUUCGUGAAGGACAAGCUGCUUAUUUUGGCAAAAAAGGCAUGAGUGCUUUAGUAGGGUCUUUCGUAUUCUAUGAUACAUCUAUGAAUCUGAUUACGCGCACCUACAUACUGUGUCUUACUCGUUGUGAUCAAACGGAACAAGCCACGUUGAGUGGCGGAUUUUUAAUCCUAAAACAAUUUCAUGAUGAUUAUCCGCACAUUAAUACUCUUGUCAAGCGUUCAGACAACGCUAGUGUACUUGGCGGCCAUGCAACACCUGAAGGUGAAUGGUCUUUAGCGAAUUCGCUUGGGAUUAAAAUAAUUAUGCGGGAUUACUCUGAAGUACAGGCAGGAAGAGACAUAUGCGAUAGGAUUGUUGGUGCAUCGAAAAUGCGCGUGAAAGCGUACUUACAUGCUGGAAAUGAUGUUGUGAAUGCUUCACAAAUAAAACUUGGAAUGGAAUAUUGUGGUGGUGUGAAGAAUGUGAAAAUUGGAGUUGGUGAAGUGAUCAAUAAUGUGGAUUCAAUUGAUAGUUAUCCUAUAGCCGAUAUCAGUAUGAUUCGCAAUAUUGUCUAUCAGAAUGAUUAUAUGGUUUUACGUAAAGCAUCUGAAAUUGGUCCCGGUCGUGUUAUUAAUUUCAAAACUCUUGAUAUACCAAUUAAUAUGAAACUUAUUGAAUCAUUUGAACCCAACGCUGAAUUUUCAUUUAGAAUCAAUCGAAUUAAUAAUAAUAAUAAUGUUCAUUUGGAAAACAAGGAACGCCAUGAUCGUAAAUAUACGUCAUUUUUUUUCUGUUCUACUGAUGCUUGCAUCGAAAGUUUUCAAUCAGAAGAUGAACUUAUUGCUCAUGAAUUAAUUGGUCGACAUACGACUAAAGACAGUAAAUUAAGUGCUAAUGAUACGGCCAAAGUUUUGCUUUUUGAAAAGUUGCGCAAUGGCGCUAAUAAUUUUCAAACUAAUUCACAAACAACUACAACAUACAACUUACCGAAUAAUUUGCCAAAGCAUUUUUCACUUUUUGAAAAAACCGGUUGGGCUUUGAGAGUUCAUAAGCCACCACACCGUAUUGACAAAAGUAUUAAAGAAUUCAUACAAAAGAUCCAUGCCGAAGAAAAACUUAAUGGACGAAAAAUCGCUCCUGAAGAAUAUGUUCGUUUAAUUCGAUUAGCUCGUAAUAAUGAUGGAACGAAAAAAUUUUCUACAUCUCAAUAUUUAACACCAUCACAAGUACGUACACAGGUUCGACAACUAGCAAACAAUAAGAAAUCAAAAGAUCAUUCCAAUUCAAUGUCAAUUGAUUCAGUAACUAAUAUUGCAUCUCAAAGAUUCAAUAAAAACACAACUUCCGUAAGCAUUUUAUUUCAUUUACCUAUUAUUUUCGUCAAACUAACUAUCUUAAUAUUGAAGUCAUCAUCACGGAGUUCAUCUCGUUUAAGAAACACACCAUCAGCAUCACCAUCAACAAAUAUUCAACGAGAUGAUUCAACUGACACUGAACUUGAUGACGAAGAUUUUGACGCUAUUGAUAAUGUCGAGCAGUUUGAGAGUAUACGAGAACAGUUCAAUCAAUAA